UCCAUUGCUCCCAUGGAUCCCUUGAACCUGUCCUGGUAUGAUGACGACCUGGAUGGCCAGAAUUGGUCCCAGUCCUUGAAUGGGUCCGAGGCAAAAGCAGACAAGCCCCACUACAACUACUAUGCCAUGCUGCUCACCCUGCUCAUCUUCGUCAUCAUCUUCGGUAAUGUGCUGGUGUGCAUGGCUGUGUCUCGAGAGAAGGCACUCCAAACCACCACCAACUACCUAAUCGUCAGCCUUGCUGUGGCUGACCUCCUUUUGGCCACGCUAGUCAUGCCCUGGGUCGUCUACCUGGAGGUGGUGGGAGAGUGGAAAUUCAGUCGGAUUCACUGUGAUAUCUUUGUCACCCUGGAUGUUAUGAUGUGCACCGCAAGCAUCCUCAACCUCUGUGCCAUCAGCAUCGACAGGUACACAGCAGUAGCAAUGCCAAUGCUCUACAAUACUCGCUACAGCUCCAAGCGCCGCGUUACCGUCAUGAUCACCGUUGUCUGGGUUCUAUCCUUUGCCAUCUCUUGCCCACUGCUCUUCGGACUCAACAACACAGAUCAGAAAGACUGCGUCAUUGCCAAUCCUGCCUUCGUUGUCUACUCCUCCAUCGUCUCUUUCUACGUGCCCUUCAUCGUUACCUUGCUCGUCUAUGUUCAGAUCUACAUCGUCCUUCGAAAGCGCCGGAAACGUGUCAAUACCAAGCGCAGCAGCCGGGGGCUGGAGUCCGAUGCAAAGGCCCCACUCAAGGACAAGUGUGCUCACCCUGAUGAUAUGAAACUCUGCACCAUCAUCAUGAAAUCCAAUGGGAGUUUCCCAGUGAACAAGAGGAAAGUGGAGGCUGCACGCCGUGCAGAACAGAUGGAGAUGGAGAUGAUGUCCAGUACCAGCCCACCGGAGAAAACCAAAUACAGUCCCAUCCCCCCAAGCCACCAUCAGCUCACUCUCCCUACCCCCUCCACCCAGGGAGUCCAUUCUUCUCCUGACAGCCCCAUGAAGCCAGAGAAGAAUGGGCAUGCCAAAGGUCACCCCAGGUCUGCCAAAGUCUUUGAGAUCCAGUCUAUGCCCAAUGGCAAAACCCGGACUUCACUCAAGACCAUGAGCCGGAGGAAACUUUCCCAGCAGAAGGAGAAAAAAGCUACCCAGAUGCUGGCCAUUGUCCUUGGAGUGUUCAUCAUCUGCUGGCUACCGUUCUUCAUUACCCACAUCUUGAAUAUGCACUGUGAUUGCAACAUUCCACCGGCCAUGUACAGUGCAUUCACGUGGCUGGGCUAUGUCAACAGUGCUGUCAACCCCAUCAUUUAUACUACCUUCAACAUCGAGUUCCGCAAAGCCUUCCUGAAGAUUCUCCAUUGCUGA